AUGGGUUGUCUCUUUGGAAAAAAAUAAUUAGUUAAUUAAGAAAGUGAAAUAAGUCAAGAUAUUUCAAUAAAACUAGAUUCAAGUGCUUUCAAUAUGCAAAAUGAAUCUAAAUUCUUAGGUGAUAAUAAUAUAAUAUUUAAGGUUAUCCAUAUUAUUCUACAUUGACAAAAAAAUUAGGAGAGAUUGUUCAUUUAAAAGUAGCUGAAUGGUCAUAAUAUGAGAAUGAAUUAAAUGAUCACAAAAAUAAAUUCAAAAAAUAUAUACAAUUAAUGGAUGCUAUUAUGGAGAAUUAAGAUGUAUUGUAAAAUAUUAAUAAUUUUGAUCAGGAAAAUUGAAAAUCUUCCUGAAGAAUUUAAUAGAGAUUUCAAACCUUGUCUUAUUAUUGAUAUUCAAACAGGCAAUUUUAAGAUUCAAGGAACUGAAACUUAUUAUUAUGUCGUAAUAUCAUUAGGAAACAAUCAAAUUAAAGAAUAAUUAACAAGUAUUUAAAAGAGUUCUAAAUAAAUGGAAUGGAAUGAAGUUUUCAUAUUUAAUUUAGAUGAUACUAGUUUAAAUAAUCAAUUUAAACUAUAAAUCAAAUAACAAAAUAAAGUUGGAGCAAAAGAAUCUAAAUCUGUUGGACAUAGUAUCACAUUUACUUUUGAAGAAUUAAAAGAGUAGAUAAUCAAUGAGAAAAUCAUUAGACUAAAAGAGAAAGAAGAUAUUAUUGGAAGUUUAUAAAUGAGGUAAAACUUAGUCUAUGUAGAUGUUAAUUGAUACAUGAUGUCAAAGAUUUUGCUUUAUAAUGGAAGAAAGAACUCAUUUAUAGAGGUUAACAGAUAGAUAGGAUCUUGUAAAAGAGUAAACUCAAUUCAAAUGACAAUGAUGUACAAUUUCAAUCUUUGAUGUCAUUUCACUCAAAUAGAUAACACAAUGAAACUGUGUAUGAUUUAUAAUUUGAAGUUUAAUGA